CAUCUGGCAACCCCCUCCUGAUCCGGGAUAGAGUGAUACAGUAGUCCCGCGAGGAAGACCGAGAUCAAAAAGGUAGCCCGUGCGACGCGCGUCCUCAACGUAGCGCAGAAGAACGACAGCGAGCAAGAGAGAGAGAGAGAGAAAGAGAGGGACAGAUCGGGGAAUGUUUUCGCGGUGCUGCCGGUCGCACGCGUGCCGAGACCCGCAGUACCGAGGGUGAAUCCCCCUGAAUCGUUCCACCCUGACCCGAUGCUGCAGCGACGAGGAAACGCGGGAAGCUCGCUACGUGCGGUACGAGCCGGCGAGAUCGGACUGCGGACGCGUCUCUGAGCCCGUUUUGUACAUGCAGCGCGCGAGAUCCGCAUCGGCGUCGGCCCCGUGAGUAGUAGUACCGGUUGCAGUUGCGGCGAUAUCGAGGCGCUCACAACCGAACGAUAUCCUGCCGAACGGCCGACCGACGCGAUAUCGCUUGUUGACGCGAAAGUAUAUCCGCGGAAGAGAGAAGCAUAGAUCCGCGAGAUCCGCAGACGAAUCCAAAUUGAGAAGAGAUGUCCGCGCUGCCCGACAAUGCCGCGUCGUGGUGCAGCAGAUCGUCCGGGCCAUAGUGCGCGCGAGUUGUACCAUCCGGUACGGAGUAGCGGCGGUGGACGGUUGCACCAGAGGAUCGCUGCGUGGAGGCGGUCACGUGCCUCCCCGACGUAGCUAGGACGAUGCGCCUGGCGAGUCCGGUGCAGGUGCGACCGGGCGGGCCCUGAGGAGUUUUUCCCACGACUGCUCCGUUCCGUAUUACGCGCGCCGCGAGCGAGCCGCUGAGAACAGGUGAUUCUGCCGCGGGAAGGCCCCCCCGGGUGGCCGAGAGGUUCGUCCUCGCUCGACGCGCCGACAGCCACGUGCGAGGACGAGCGGACGAGUGGCGGCGGCGGCGAGGCGGCGGCGGCGGCGGCAGCAGCGACUGUGAGGGAGGUGGGGAAAAUCGGCAACGUGGAGGAGGUGGUGCACAGCCAGGCGGUCAUCGAGGAAGGAGCGGCAGCCACGCUCCGGCUUCCCCGCGAGCAAACAUGAGACGGCCGUGGACGCUCGUCGCGGCGAUAGCCCUGGCUGCGUCGGGGCUGGUAAGUGGCGGUUUGCACGAGAAGCGGCUGCUGAACGACCUGCUGGACGCGUACAACGUGCUGGAGCGGCCGGUGGGUAACGAGUCCGAUCCCCUCCAGCUGAGCUUCGGCCUCACGCUCAUGCAAAUAAUCGACGUCGACGAGAAGAACCAGUUGCUCAUCACGAAUCUUUGGCUAAAAUUGGAAUGGAACGACGUGAACAUGAGAUGGAACGUCUCGGACUAUGGAGGCGUGCGAGACCUCAGAAUACCGCCGCAUCGGCUGUGGAAACCUGACGUCCUUAUGUAUAACAGCGCCGACGAGGGCUUUGACGGCACUUAUCCGACGAACGUUGUCGUAAAGAACAAUGGGACCUGCUUAUACGUGCCGCCCGGUAUAUUCAAGAGCACUUGCAAGAUAGACAUUACUUGGUUUCCCUUUGACGAUCAGCGCUGCGAGAUGAAAUUCGGCUCCUGGACGUACGACGGCUUUCAGUUGGACCUGCAGCUGCAAGACGAGACCGGGGGUGACAUCAGCAGUUUCAUCACUAACGGCGAGUGGGAUCUGUUAGGGGUGCCCGGUAAGAGGAACGAAAUCUACUACAAUUGCUGCCCAGAACCGUACAUAGACAUCACCUUCGUCGUCAUCAUCAGAAGACGCACACUCUACUACUUCUUCAAUCUGAUUGUGCCGUGCGUCCUGAUCGCCAGCAUGGCCGUCCUCGGGUUCACUCUGCCGCCCGAUUCCGGCGAGAAACUCUCCCUUGGGGUAACCAUCCUCCUGUCCCUCACUGUGUUCCUGAAUAUGGUUGCCGAGACAAUGCCGGCGACCUCCGAUGCCGUGCCGCUUUUAGGGACGUACUUUAAUUGCAUCAUGUUUAUGGUGGCCAGUAGCGUGGUCAGCACGAUCCUCAUCUUGAACUAUCAUCAUCGGAAUUCUGACACUCAUGAAAUGUCUGAAUGGAUUAAAGUGGUUUUCCUAUACUGGCUGCCCUGCAUACUCCGCAUGUCAAGGCCAGGACACGAAGAGGAGAAGGAAGUACAAAAGUCUAAAAACCCAUCUCCGGUAACAGGCGCGAGCAAGUCAUACGGCGAUCUGGAGCUCCAUCAGAGGAGUAGUAAGUCCCUGUUGGCGAACGUCCUGGACCUGGACGACAACGCGCUGGCGUCCCACAACAAUUUGCUGAACAAUGUGUACAGCACGCCCGGGCCGCAUCAUGCGCACACGAUGGGUCACGGCCACAGUCACAUACACACGACGCCCCAUCAUCAUCACAGCCACGCGCCCACGACGCCGCACCAUCAGCACGCGACGCCGUUGCCGCACUCAUCGUACCCGGGCCACCAGAUCUCGCAUACACCGCAUCAUCAUCCACAUCCGCAGGACGCGUCAACGCCGCAGGUCGAGACGAUACUCCAGAACGCGUGCUUCUGCGCCCGCUACGAGCUUGUGCUAAUCCUGAAGGAAAUUAAGAUAAUAACGAAUCAAUUGAAGAGCGAGGAUGAGAACACGAAGAUCACGAACGACUGGAAGUUCGCGGCGAUGGUGAUCGAUAGGAUGUGCCUAAUCAUUUUUACUCUGUUCACCAUCAUCGCUACCAUCACCGUCCUGCUGUCGGCGCCGCACAUUAUCGUCACGUGAUUCAGAAAAGCCAGUCUGCCGCCGGUGGUUCCGGGGCCGACGAGGAUCGCGCGCCGGGCGCCGUCGACGCUCUUCCCGUUAACCGGAUUCCGCCGGAACGGGCUCGUGGUUGCUCGUCUGCGGGUCCGCAUGCCGCUUCGUUUCGGAGACCUGCGCGUUAGGAAGAAAGCAAUACGGGGAGUAACUUCGUUUCUUUAUGAUAUAUAUAAUAACAUCGGUAAAAAGGAAAAUAAUAACGCUACCGAUGAGGAUAACGAUAAUAGUACUAAUAAUAAUUACGUAAUAGUAAUGGUAAACUUUAUCGUAUAAUAAUUAAUCCCACAAGGACGCCUUAGCGAAACACAUUGACACACCGUUUCUAGACAGCGCGAGCGCGCGAGAGAGCGAAGGGACACGUUUAUACGGAAACACGCGGGAAUGGAACACACGUACACUGGUUUGUUACACGCAUCCCUGAGAGCAGUCGAUGAACACCUUGUAUAGUUGAGACACGGUGCAUUUUCUCGAACGAGUCAAACGAUUAAUUCUUAUAAGAGGUUCAAUUACGAAUUUUCACAGACGUAGCGUAAAUGGUCGAAUCCAGGCGAGUAUUCGACUCUGUCCUCCGCGACUACUACUUGGGGAUGUACCACAUAUACACGUACACAUAUAUGCGAUGUGAUACGCACGGAUGCGUGAUUUGUCGAUGAGUUUUAAAAAUACUUCGCUAUGGCCCAAGGUUAAUACGAUAUAGAAAUUUCCGAAUGCGUGCAAGGAUCAGUGUUGCUAGAUUUAAGUUCAAAUAAGAUUCGCAAUGUUUCUACAAAUCCGCAUAAAGACUCAAAUUCGAGGAUCUUGGAAAAUGUGAAUUUUCAAAGAAGAUAUAAAUCCCCAAAAAGUAUAAAAUUGAAAUGGAAAGCGCAAAUGGUAGCGUGCUCAAAAAUGGCAAGUGCAAUCAAAGUUUUCACGUGCUUGAAAUUCUCGAAAACACGCGAGCCGAAGUAUUCUACAAAAUUCGGGGAUUGCUAUAUGCCGAUUGACAUUGGCACUCGUUCACGACGAGAUGCGAAAAGAAGCGCUCAAAAAUGCCGGCGACAGGCAUCAGUUUUUUUUUUACCGGCAUAAAACCGGGGUGACGAUCGCGAGGAGAGAACGAAAAAUUGAUCGCGAAGAGGAGAAGAAGAGGGGCGAGGAGAGAAAAGAGAUUUGGGCUUUAAGGGUAAAACGCACACGUUACACUCUCAGAAUACACACGACGAACUGCCAAGGUGAUUAAAAUAAUGCCAAGUGAAUUUUCUUAUCCGUAUCAUUAGUAUGUAAAAAAGUCGACGACGAUUUAAUAAACGGGGGAUUUAUACUACGAUUUAAGUGAAGGUAAUGUAAAACAUAAAUACUCUCUCGAGUAGGUCGCGAGGGAGAUUCGAAGGACGCACUAUGAAGGGAUGCGGGCAGUGGACGCGGGACGGAAAUGUGCGAGGGACGGUUGUUCGAUAACUUCCGUUUGUGACAGCGCGAGCAGAUUCAGUUGCGAGCGACGUACUUUCUUUUCUCGGUGUCCGCAAACGUGUGCGAAUUGUUUCGCCAUUGAUCCGUAUUCUCGUCGCGCACGUUUAACGCUGAAAGCCGUUAUUCGAUGCUUGAUUUUGUAUCUGAAUCGCGCGAGCGCGCAUCAAGCAUGUGUAUCAAUGUAUCAAACGGUAGUACAUUUAGCGUUAAACAGGAUUAUGCAGUUCUAUCAGACGAUUAACUUUAAGCUGCAUUAACUACGAGAACAGUUGAAAAUUUCGCAUUUAGCAUGAGUAUUAAAGUCUAAAUUUCAAGAGCGGGUGUUUACUGCUAAAUCUAAAGCUGAGAAAACGGAUCAUUAUCGCUCACAAACGCGGACUUGCACAGACAUACUUUUCGUGCACGUUACAUAAAAACGAGAUAUACUUUUUUUUCUCUGGCGCAUCAAUCUUUUUCUUCCCAUCAUUCCAUUACAGAAAUUGUUAUCGCGACAACACUGCUCACUUUUUUUCUGACGAUGAAAAAUCGUUUUGGAAUGCAGAUGUUAAACGCCAGCUUUUAUUUCGCUUGUAUUAAGAAAAAAUAACUUAAAUGUGACUUCAACGUCCCUCGUUAUGCUGUCGUCUCUUCAGCAACAUUGCGCUGUAACAUCAAUCAAUAACAAUAUCAAAAUUGGUAAGCUCCGAUCUGUCUUCUAUACGAAAUCAAUAAUGCGAUGCCAUGCUUGCGAUCAACGAGUCGAUUCGUCGCAACAGACAUUUCCUUCGUCCGCGAGAAACAUAAAAGGAAAACGUGACUUUACUUUUAAGCUCAAAAUUAAGACGCCUCACGUUCUCUGUUAAUUCACGAGCCGCUCGAGAGUUGCGAGUAGAAAAUCGCGAAAACGACGGAGUCGAUUAGUCACGCUACGGAGAGGCAAAGCGACGUGGGAUGGCGACCGAAUAAAGAAAGGAAGUUGCUCUUGCUCACAGACAGAUUCGUAGGCGGACGAUCGUCGGUACACACGCCGGGGAGACGAAUCCAAAUCGUAUUAUACACUUUUCGGUCGUCGGCACUGGAUACGCGACAACCAAUCACGUUAUCUUUUAAAUACUUAUUAAAGAUUAUUAAAAUAAUGAAUCCUUGUUGAUCAUGUUGCGUGGGCGGGAUUAUACGUAGACGUAUGAUGCAAGCGUAAGAUGGUGUUUUGAUCUCUAGCGCGCGGAGAAAACGGUAAACAAAAUAAAAAAAAAAAAAAGAAAUUAACAGGACAAUGUCGAAUGUUGUAUUAAAGUCGUAAGAGAGGUAGAGUACGUUACAUAUAUAGAGACGAGAAGAAAAACGCGAUUAAUCACUGUAAGUGUCACUAGUUAACAAGAAAUCAAGGAAACUCGAUAAAAAAAAAAAGACGUGUAGUUUGAAACAUCGACAUUUUAACAUCGGCACAGUCAUCCCUUCGGCGAUAAAAAUUAUCAGGCGCGACUCGAUCAGCCUCUAAUUGUCUUAAUGAAAUAACGUAAAGCGUCUGGUCUUAUGAACUAGAUACGUAAAGUUACAAUUUGGAUAAAAAAGCAUUUAUUCCCCUCCUUCUAGGCCACGAAGUGCCAUUGAUUGUUUCCGAAGAAGUUAAGAGUAUGAAGUGAAGACGCGCGAAUAAUUUUUAUCGCUGCGAGAUGACGUCCGGCCCCAUCGUUCCUUUUUACGUGCGUUUGCUGUAGUUCAAGUUGGUGGAAAGGUGAUUAACAGCGCCGAUUUAUUGCGAUUAAAGACACGUAGAAAAGCGCCAUCCAUUUUUAUAUACAAAGUGACGUAGAAAAAUGUGACUAAAUUUCACGUCUCAUUUUGUCCAAUUACGAGCAUUUUUUUUCUUCGAAAUGACGAUGGUGUCUUCAAGAUCGCGACGCAAAGGCUGUUUCUUACUGAUGUAAUCAAUUUUUCAUAUUUAUUAUUAGUAAGACAUGAAAUAUAGCCACAUUAUCCCUCGGUACGUUAAAAGGGAGUAAUUUUAUCGCUAUCGCGCCGAAAGUAGGGGUUUUUUUUUUUAAAGGAACCUUCGCUUGUUCGUUCGGAUCUAACCGUAACUUGUUAUACGCGAAAAAUAUUACGCGUUCCAGAUCGAUUGCAACUAAUCACGUCGCAAUUGUUAAGUUAAUCUAGAAGCAGCGACGUAUAUGGAUUACGAGUCCUAGAACAUUACGGGUAUCAAAAAGUCGUAUUAGCGAAGCAAACGCGUGAUCUUAAUAUAAUCGAGAUUUAACGAUUAGAUAGUUAAAAAGAAGUAACAAUACGUAUACCACGAUAUAACGCGAUACUGUGCGAUUAUACUUGUUCUAUAAUUAUACUCGUAAAUGUGUAUUAUCACAUAUCGUAAUGAAAUUCACGUCGAAGACAGAAAAUUGCUCACUGUAAUUCGUCGCUAACGACUGCUGGUUUAUUUUCCUAUAAAUUAAUAAGCGCACGCGAGCGACGGCGAAGAACAACCGUUUUUUCCCUUUAUGCGGAAAUAGCUAGACUAUCUUUACGAUGAAGAAUGUUAGGUAAUAACGCGAGACUUCCGAUAUCGUAGAAUGGUGCAAUUUUGCAUUUUAGGAGGAAAUAAUUUCGGAAUUAUCUGGUAUACGAGAACAUCGUAAUAAGUGCGAGUGAACAACGGGAAGAGCCGCGUUUCAUCAAAAGCUGAAACUUACAAUUAAAUGAAGUAAGCCGGUAUGUCAGAUAAUGAAUGCCUCUGAAACCUUUCUCUCGCCAUGGUGCAAACUCGCCCAAUUUUACGGCACGUGGAACUCAGACGCGUACGAUUAUAUGCAAACAUUAUUAUACAAUUUAACAGACUUCUUCCCGCGAUUUCCGUGACGAGGAAUCGAAGGGUGAAUUAUUGCCAUCGGAGAUUCUCGCUGGAAGAUCGUCGAGAAUCAACUCGAAGAAUUCCCGAUCGCAGAAUUUUCUAUAAAAGUGGAUUUUAAAUUCAGGCGGAACGUGACACAUUUUGUGCGAAAAGUUUCCACCUCCUUGAACUCGAUAUGGACAGUUCUUCGAAGAUAUAUAACGCAGCAAACGUACUUGGGCAUGGUGUGAUCCGCCGCUCUCGUGAUCGCGAGUAUAAUCGUUAUGAAUAGUCAUAAGUUCGAGUAGAUUUGCCGAGAAAGGUAAAUUAAAUUGAAGGAGUAUUCGGUUUAUUCUUAGCAAAGUAAAUCUUCAGUUGGCUUCGGAGAAAAAUUUUCUACUUCAAUUGCGUCACAUCUUUCCUAUGGUUAUAAUUAUACACAAAUUUUACAAUUCAAUAUGUGUAUAAUGCAAAUUGGAGAUUCAAAUAUAUAUUUAAAUCGCGUAAUUAAUUACAAUAUAUGUACAUUUGUAUACAAGCUUAAUGCUCUUCCAAUUUAAUGACCUGUAAUUUUUUUCCGUUCUGUCAUUUUAAUUGGAGAAAUGGUUAGAAAAAUAUUCUUCAUUUUCCUUGCAGAAAAGAAUGAAAUACUUUUGCAUUAUUUUAAGGUGAUAAUAAAAAUUUACAUGUGUAUUUAUAUGAUUGAUCUUGAUAAGAUUUAUGAGUCUUUUCUCUGAUUUGUCUAAUUAUUAUAUCAAUUUAUGAAAUAUUCAACGAGAGUGACGGCAGACAAUGAAAUUGCCGUACAAACUGAACAUUUUAAGCGAACGAUUGAAUGAGAGUAAGAAAAGGGAAGUAAGAUAAGCGGCAUUAACGUGACUUGCGCCUUUAAAAUCGACAACUCAGCUUAAUACGCGGGGCUGUUAUAUAAAAUGUAAUCUUGUAAUAAAAAAAAAUAAAUAUUAUAAUAACGUUAGUGAUAACGAUUAACGAUAAAUAAUGAUAAUAUUACUACUACUAUUAAUAAUAACAAUAAUAAUAUUAAAACGUACUAGCUAUGAGAGACUCUUCGCCUGUACGAAAUGUUGAAAUCUCCUUUCUACGACGUUAACGUACGAUUAAGUCGACUUUUGCGAAUCGAAUCGUUUUCGAUUAACGAGUAGUUGCGGCGGACAGAAACGAGAGGGUGAAGGAAAAAUUCAAACAAAUAUACGAGUUAACUAAACGAAGGUUGAUAGGCUCAUAGGAUAUUGCAGUAGUGCAGAUGUACAGGGUGGCGCGACGAGGAGGAAAUCUGGCAGAGCGAUGUGCGAUCUUUCGAACGUCUCGCCGUAUCGAUCGUACACGAACGAAGAACAACAAGAUCGAAAGCGGAUCACGGAAAUGCCGAUUCUUACCGAACGUUACUUUUGUUCAAAUCAAUCAACCGAUCCCGGAACUUGACGGUGAGCUUCGUCUCGUCGAGCCGUUUCGCGACACUUUCGUCGAGACCGUUGAUAUUAACCCGUUAUACCCGAAACAUAAAUUUCUUCUCAGUUGUUAAUAAAGAUCGAUAAACGUAUAAAUACUCUUGUAUUGCUCUGAUGGGCUAUAACGAGUUAAGGGUCGUGCGCGAGUUUUGUAGUACUUGUAGCAUCUUUCUCACUCGACUCUGAUUAAUUAUCCGUGAGUUUUAAGAACUUAUCUAAGGACUUACCCAUAGAGGUAAUUACGAUUGCUCAUUGAUUAUGCCUGUCGUUUAAGUGUCAAGACAAUCCCCUGAUAACUCCAAGCGGCUGACGAUUAAACUACUUCUCGAUAUAAAUAUGUAUAAUACUACCUCUAAUUAACGCGAGUGUGCCGACGGCGUUGCCCGUCGGGUAUAACUUAUCGUAAGGUCUAUUAUAUACUAUAGCAUGCCAAAGUCUUCCGCCAUUAGUCGCCUAGUGCAGCUGACGGGUUUUUUCAGUUGCAAGAGCUUUCGCGAGACGCCACGCUCCACCGCAAAUCGCCGAACGCUCGCGCGAAUCGCGCUCCCGUUCGCACGAACGAAGGGGCGGUGGCUGCGAUCGCUCGCGAAAAUCAUUGCAAUCACUCGCGGUUGUUCAGCAGUAGUAGUGCGCUGUGAUGUAAGUAGUUCGAAGCUCUAGCGACGAAUUCUACGCUCGUAGAUCUAGCAUUGGGACUAAUCGCGCGACGGAGAGCGAAAGGCGAUGAAAUGAGACGAAAUCACACUCGGGACCUGCUCGUCCGAAUAAUAUCCAUCUUUGACGAGUUGAUUGUAUAAUUUCGAUCUGCGAGCAAAUGCGUACAUUUGCUUGGAUUUGCCAACAUCACAAUCGUAUAACUUACUUGAGACGAAAUUUAAAACAAUGCGAAAAGUUAAAUUGAAAUUGCUGAUUCACGCGAUUGAUCGUCUGAAUUUCACGCUUCGACGUAUCACAGAAUUUACUCGAUCACGCGGUAGCGCGUUUUGUCGACGCGCGAAGCUUCAAUUUGUGCCGACUUCGGAGACACAGUGUGAAUUUUUCAUAAUAAAUUAUUCACACGCAUGCUUUUAUGAAAUGGCUUGAAGAAAAUGACGGCUGACAAGAGUAAUUAUUGCUAACUUUUAUUACAGUUAGAGAUUGAACGCUAUUAGAGAGAACAAGGAGAGAAACCGAUCACGCUUUCCAUCUUUUAAACAAUAUAGCUGUCUUUGAAGAAACACUAUUAAUCGAGACGUUCGGAAGAUCGAUGAUCCCCUGCCUGUUCUUAUUAGACCGCUCUUUAUACAUACACAUGUAUUAUACAUUAUACAUACGCGGCAGAGAUUUAAUUAUAUCGACGACACGUAGCGUGUAAAAUCGUUGUUCGCGCUCAGCCCCGUUGUUAAAUUAAGCGAAACGAGAUAUCGUUCGCAUAGGACUUUGCUGCUCGUUACAUGAAUCGCGUCGUUAUGCUCGUCGAUCACGUUAAAUUCUUGUAGUGACUCUUUGUGCAUGAGAAUGAAAGGGUUUUGAUAGCGGGAAAAGAACAAAUAUUAGAAAAUAAUGUUGCGUUUAUUGUAAAAGUGUCAGUUUGUCAAGAAAACGCUGUAUAAAAUAAAGUCUUGUAAAUAAUUUGGCAAAAAUAAUGCAAAUAUUGCAUAUUAGCAUACAAGCAAAACUUUCCAAUGGAAUUAAACACAACAAUCGACUAUACAAAAAAAUAUUCUUCCGAUUCAGAAAAAAAUUCAAGCGUCCAAUCUCCAUGUUGAAUCACUCUUGAACAAUUCUAUGGAGAUAUAGAAUGUUUCCGUUAUAAAACGACGCCAUCGUAUUUACGUGACGGCUUGUAGUGCCAUCGCGACAGAAUGGGAAAAGCAAAACGACGCUUUUCGUGCCAUCGCACGCAGCGACGCGGAUUUUCGAGUGUCGCGUUACCAUCGUCAAGUCGUUUUGCCGGUUCGGGGCAAGGCUUGCAUGUAAAUUCCACUGUGCCAUUGUUUGUAAAGCGUUACAAUGACCCAUCGCCCGAAUUUAAUCGAUCGAUUAGCGCGGGCGAGCGAGGGCGGAGAAACAAGAAGAAGAAGAAUACUUAAGAUAGGCACACACGCGUAUCUUUUUCCACGACGAUGGCCAAUUUAUUAAUUAGACUAACUGAUUAGGUGAAACGUAAGUUCAAGUGCCAAAUUUCUAGCUAACUCUUAAAGCGUAAACGAGCACGCUGCAGGGCGAACGUGUACGCAAUAGGGCUGAAUAGGAAUGUAAUUAACGCGAGAGAGGUCAAAGGUGGUGCGGAAAUCGAUUACGGAUUAAUCAAGGAUCGAAGAGCGUCCGUGAUAUUAUUUUGCAAUUUAUUGUAAAUUUGAGAGAAAGAUUUUCUUUUCAUUUAUUUUCCUUAACUGCUUUAAUUUUAGUAAACUAAAUUUUGGAAACAAAAUUGAACAACAAUAAUAAUGAAGACUAUUCAUCAUACUGUAUCGGAAUUCUAUUUGAGCAUUAUGUAAAUAUAUUUUAAAUUUGCAAACGUCCAAAAUGUGCCCAGUAAUUUGCAACUAUACUGCAUAGAAUUGCGGACGAGAGAAAGAGAGAGAACAAAACGAUCCUGAUUUUAAUUCAAGUAUUUGUACAUAUUUUGCAUGAGAAUUCCGCAGUGAGUGAAACAAGCAGGAGGAAAAAUAUAUAAAAACCGAACAGAUAAGAAAAACGCGUCACAGCCAACUGAAUUUAAAAAUAAAUUUUUACGGAAGCGAAACUCAGUUAUAUUUCCGGCAGGCAAUACUCGUUCCCUUCUGUUUUGAAUCCUCGUUCAGCUAACUCGCCAGGCGCGAUUCCAUGGGAAACUGCGUUGUCCCCUGCGAGAGAAAAAAGCGACUUACAAAAAGAGAAAUGAGAGAAAUGAAAAACUCACGCUGGGUGAUUAGCGAAAUAGCGAGGAAGAAAAAUAAUCUCUAAUGAAAAUUACCGCAAGAGAAAAAAAAAUAAUAACAAAGGGAUAAAGAAAUAAAAGCGAAAACUAUUAAACACAUGUACCACUAAAUAUAAACUAUAUAUAUUUAAACUAUUGAAUGCUAAAGUCAUAUUCGUAAUAAUGAAUAAAAGAAAUGAAUUAAUAAUCGAUUAACUGAAUAUUAAAGCUAGCCUGUAAUCAAUAUAGCGACGUAGUUAUUACUCUGACAGUAAUUAUAGGGGUGAUUCAGAGGUAGUCUAUUAGUAGUUAGGGUCGAACUCUUUAUCGAGAUCACUUUCUCUCUAAACUAACGAUGGAAUUAAAUAAAUAAAUAAAAAAAAAGAUGAAGUUACACCUAAUUAUCUCUCGAUGCUAAACUAUAUUGAAUUUAACGGACGUAAAAGCCGCGAUGAUGCGAUUCCAGAGGAAAAAAAAAAAAAGAACCGACUAUAUAGAGCGCGAUCUAACUCUCUUCAUUCCCUACCUAUAUCUUUAUUCCCUAUGUACUUUAAAAAGAAGAAAAAAAAAUCGUCUCGUAUUGUCCACCGUUGUACCAGUCGUUAAGAUCGACAAUGGUGGCGCGCUAUCGAUCGCCAUCGAGAAUGCGAGGGCGG